UGCUUCAGUCAUAGCUUUACAGUGCAAGCGCCAGCAUGUCGAUGUCGAUCGCCCGUUUCGGAUUUUAUUUGUGUAUCUUGGGCUUGGUGGCGGCCCACUUGGAGGGGGAGGGCCUCACGUGCAAAGCGAAUGGAGAAUAUUGCCAGAUGCAUUCGGACUGCUGCUCGAGGAAAUGCAUGACAUACCUGAAUGUCUGCGCCAGGAGGAUAGACGAAGGCUUUUCCCUAGAGGUUCCGCACCAGUCAAACAGUAUCUAUGACAUCGAUGUGAAGCAGUCUGCCAAAGGAUUUCCUGACAUCGUGGACAUCGUGACGCUCGCCUCGGAGUCAAAGCAGACACCUCAGAAGGAGCAGGGCAGGCAGUGUAAGCCGGUCGGUGUACAGUGCUAUGUCAGCGAGGAGUGCUGUACGAAACGUUGUCACUUCUACGCGAACAAGUGUGUCACCUAAAGAGAUGUCAGACAAAACGAGUAAUAAUAAUAGCUCGGAUUAUUACUCAUUCGAUAUAUACAUGUACAAUAUGUAUUUGUUUAUCACUGAAGCUAAUUAAAUUAAAUAAAGUAUCGCUUAUCCGUAGCAAAGUUUAGUAAUAUGUCUACUUUUCGGCUCUGGAAGGCAGAAUAUCUCUGUUUAUCUCCACUACGCUUAGCCGCGAUCCAGCGCAAAAUGCUUCACUCAACGUUUUACAUUGAAGGGGCCAGCAUGUCGAUCACCCGUUUGGGAUUUUAUUUGUGUAUCUUGGGCUUGGUGGCGGCCCACUUGAAGAGCGAUGCCACGAAUUGCCGAGCGAAUGGACAAAAUUGCCAGGUGCAUUGGGACUGCUGCUCGAGGAAAUGCAUGACAUACCUGAGUGUCUGCGCCAAGAAGAUAGCCCGAGUAUUUUCCCUGGCGGUGCUGCACCAGUCCAACAGUACCCAGAAAAACGAUGCCAAGCAGCCUGCUCAUCAAUUUCCUGACAAGAAGUCUGUCCGGACACCACAGGAGGAGUAGGGCAGGCAGUGCAGCCCCGACGGUGGACUGGUAAGAGUCUCACCUUGAGCCCAUAGCUAAAUUUCUCUCGAUACAUACAUACGUGUAAAUGCCUAUCACCAAAGCUAAUUAAAUUAAAAAAAAUAGUAUCGCUUA